UUGAUGCCGUCUUGUUGCACUUCUCCAUGUCUUAAAGUUAAUAUUUUUGGUCCUUGAGUUCUUUUUUUUGCUCUUCCUUAUUGAAGAUGUCAAUAAUGGGAGGAUUGUCCCGUCCUCCCAGUCACACUUCACUCCGACUGCAACACAUCCAGCACCCGCUGUCCCGUCUCGGGGACCCGGACACGAUUACUGUCCGCGGCUUCUCCCGGGCCGGCGACAAGCCACCGGCCGAGCUGCCGCUCAUGUGGGAUCGGCCAGCAGCUAGUGCACGGAGCUGCGGCAGGGAGCCGAGGGAGAAGGAGAGCGACGCAAAGCAAGGGUCCCGGGGGCUCCUGACUCUGCAGCACAUCCCCGAGGGGGUGGAGGUGGCGUUCGGCACGGACCCUGACAGACCGCGGCUGCCCAUCUUCGGUCAACGAACAGACCUUGAAAGCCGUACUGAGAGCAGAAUGAGCAAGAGUAGCAGGCUUAGUAAUACAUCCCGCCCUGGGACACAACUCAGGAUUGAGAUUGAUGAGCUGGAACACCAGCUGCGUGAAAAAAUAAUAUGCAGUGGCUACUUCACUGUCAAACAGCUUUUCAAAUCUAAUGAUCCUGAAGGAAGAGAGCAGCUUAACAGGGAAGUUCUACUUAUGGUACUGUCAAAAUUCCUGGGACGAUUUAUCUCUCCAAGACAAUUCCACCAACUUCUUUUGAGGUUCAAGCUGAAUGAAAAGGCGAUCAUUAAAUGUGAUGAAUUUUACGCGGCUGCCAAGGACCCCAUCCCCACAGGAGCCACCUCAUGGCUCAAUCCAAUAAAUCGACCCAGUGAUAAGAUUCUGGUGACCGCUUCACAGGUGCACUCUCAGCUCAAGGAGAAAGUGAGGCAGAGGUAG